UACGAGUCAGUUGCCAAGUGUGUGUAUUUUGAUCAUGGGUCUGUGCAACAGUCGUAAGGGUGAAACACGGUCAUAAGUCACUUUUUUCAGUUCCAUUGUAACUUCGAACAGUCACUAAAUGAAUGGCUGUAAGGCAAGGACUACUUGUAGUGAAGCUACUCUCCUGCUAGCAAGGCUUUCCGAUGGGUGUGUCCUGGUGCCUUUUAGCUUAAUUCUUGUAAAAACCAACCCUCAACGUUCAUUAAAAGAGCGUCAAAUACUGUAGUUGCCACCCACAAGAAUUUUAAUACUUUAAUGAAGCCUUGCUGAAUUGGAAUGUUUGGGUAUUUCCAAGAGAGCUAAGACACGGCAACGCAAUCUUAUAUAGCUUUGUUUUUUUGUGUGUGUGAAGCCUGCGUGGAACAAGUUUUUUUUUCCCCCUUCUUUUUUUUGAACGGGAACAUUCUGUCUAUGUGCGUAUUUAAUAGCUGCAACUGAAAUACUUUGUAACCAAGGACAAUGUCUAUCAUUUGAUAUUCUCUUCUUGGUAUUUAUUGCCGUCCUUGAUGUUGUUCAUCUCGCUGUUGUGCAACGGGUUUACUGAAGACUCGUUUCUUCUGGAGUGGAAUGCUGGAUGUGUAGGCUGCGAUGGGAAAUACUUGCGCGUCGUUCACAACUCUCCCAAUGGCACCAUUGUUUUAAAGCUCUGUGGACAGUAAAGCAUGCCACAUUGGGUCAGUGUUUGCAGGAAUUUGAUAUUCAAACCGCUCUGAGUUACUUGAAGGUCUCAUUUUUCAAGAAAGAAGAGGAAGAGGAAGAAGAGGAAGAGGAAGAGGAAGAAGAAGAAGAAGAAGAAGAAGAAGAAGAAGAAGAAGAAGAAGAAGAAGAAGAAGAAGAAAAAUGGGUGUCAUCCCCUUUUCCUUGGAUUUUUCUGCACGAGUGAACAGAAUGGAUUUUGUAUGAUUGAUUGUUGCGCAGCGGUCUGGAAAUAGAGUUUCUUGCUCAAUGAGGACUAAAACUGUAAACAGGAUUCGGGGCCGUUCAAGGAAAGCAAACCUCAAUGGUUCUGAUGUUGAACAGGAUGCUGCUGUUAAACUUGCUCAAGAACGUGCUGAGAUAGUUGCCAAGUAUGAUCAAGGACGUGAAGGAGCCCAGAUCGAACCUUGGGAAGAUGCGGACUACCUGCUUUACAAAGUUACCGAUAGAUUUGGUUUCUUGCACCAGGAGGAGUUACCGGUCCACGAUGCAGCUUCCGAGAAGCAAAAGCAGCUUGAGAUUGAAAGAACUACAAAAUGGUUGAAGAUGUUAAAAAACUGGGAGAAAUACAAGAACACAGAUAAGUUUCAUAGAAGAAUCUAUAAAGGGAUUCCAUUGCAGUUGAGGGGUGAAAUCUGGUCCCUGUUGCUCGACGUCCCAAAAAUGAAAGAAGAAAUGAGAGGUUAUUAUAAUACUUUAAAAACUCGAGCAAGAGGAACUUCUCCAGAUAUCCGGCAAAUUGAUCUUGACGUUAAUCGGACCUAUCGGGAUCACAUCAUGUUCAGAGAUAGAUAUGGAGUAAAGCAACAAUCUUUGUUCCAUGUCUUAGCUGCAUAUUCUGUAUAUAAUACGGAGGUUGGAUACUGUCAAGGGAUGAGCCACAUAACCGCAUUGCUCCUAAUGUACAUGAAUGAAGAAGAUGCUUUUUGGGCUUUGGUGAAACUGCUCUCGGGGCCCAAGCAUGCUAUGCAUGGGUUUUUUAUUCCUGGUUUUCCUAAGCUGUUGAGGUUUCAAGAGCAUCAUGACAAAAUAAUGAAGAAAUUUUUGUCCAAGCUUAAGCAACAUUUUGAUUCCCAGGAGAUCAACACCACCUUUUACACAAUGAAGUGGUUUUUCCAGUGUUUCCUUGACCGUACUCCCUUUAGGUUGACCCUCAGGAUCUGGGAUGUCUACGUACUCGAAGGAGAGCGGAUUCUUAUUGCAAUGGCCUACACCGUUCUGAAACUGCACAGAAAACACCUGAUGAAAUUGCAGAUGGAAGAACUGGUCCAGUUUCUUCAGGAGACUCUCGCCAAAGAGUUUUUCUACGAGGAUGAUUUCGUAAUAGAACAGCUCCAAAGCUCCAUGGCAGAACUGAAACGAGCAAAGAUGGACCUCCCUGUCGCAGGUAAAGAGGAUGAAUUUCCAAAGAAGCUGGGGAAAAUGCCACCUGACAGUCAGCCCGCCAUGCUGAAUCUCACCCAUCUAGUCAAUGGACAAAAAACCAACGGUGUAGCGAAGGAGGCCCGGGCAAGCCAGAGGACUACAGAAGGGUCUCGAGAUGGUUCGCCAAGAAGAUAUGGAGAGGGAGGCCAAGAAAACUCACCUACAGCAUGGACAAAGAGAAACCGGGAGAGCCCACCCACAACACGAGCAGAGAGAGGCCGAGAAAGCUCGCCAAACCACCAAAGGCGAAAAAAUUCUCUGGAAAAGAAGCCUAUUUUGAGACAUCAGCAAAAGCCGGUAGCACUAAACACACAAAGCGGAUUGCCAAAGCACGAUGGGGAGAACCCCAGGAGAAAGCCUGAGACGCAAACAGAGGCUGAUCCCAAGCAGAAGCACAACGCAGCUGCGAACCAAAACUCCAAUGCAGUAUUAACCACAGGGAAAGAGUUUGUGCCGCGGUGGAUUAAACCUUCCAACGUUAAGAUAACGGAAAAAACGACCAAAAUCACCAUGGAGUUUAAGAUGAGAUCGCCAAAGCAGGGCAGGGCCGGAACCGCGCCUGCUCCUGACGACGAAGCUCAGCUACUCAACCUCAAGCAAAAAGUUCGGGUUUGGGGUGUGGACGAAAGCAAGCGCGGAUCGAAUGCCUCGCAGUACGACAACGUUUCCGAAGCCGGUCUGGAGAACGAAAACUUGGUGGAGCAGGCACCAGAAAGAGUUUUUCUGCCAAGUCCAAGGAACACAGCUUUCUCCAACAGUUUCAGAAAAGAGAUUGAGAAUGGAUCUAGUCCACCAAAAAUAUCCAACAGUUAUGCCUUCAGCUCUCAGCCCAGAGUCCCCAGAUAUUCAUCCCAAUCUGACGGGUCAGUUGUUGGCGCUCCCAUGAGACAGCCACCACCAUCUUACAAUAAUCCACCUGUAUACCAAGGUUUUUCUCCAAAGCACAUUACCAAAGUAGGUAACUUCACAGCCACACACUACAAUCACGGGAUACGGACCAGCUCUGCCACUCAGUUGUAUAUUCCUGAUUUUCCACCGGAGAUGGAAAGUCAUCAGAUGCUCUCUGAUAAGCCCCCUAGAAAUUAUUCUGCCCUCCACCAAAAUCUUGUUGUGACUCCUUCUAGUCGGAUAGAGGUUCUUCCAGAUGAAACCUUUCCAAGCAGCCCCGGGGCACCGAGAGGCCUCCGCCCUGCAAUUCCUCCAGUCGAUUAUCUGCCCGAUCAUAAAAAAUGGUCAGACCCCCCUUUAAUGUACAGACCGGGAGCCUAUGGACAACCCUGGGGUGGAGACGGUGGCCGAAGCCACUUGGCCAACUUGAAGAGACAUCCAGCAUUUCAGCCUAAGCCUCUUGAAGACCACAACCUUCCCACCCUUUCCGCGGACAGAUACAGGACAGCCUCAGGGGAACUCGGCCCCCCCUCCUACCAGUAUCCGAGUUCCCCUGGCCCCGCCCACCAUUACAGACACCAGGCUGAUGGAUUGUCUAUGAACGAAUCAGUGCUGCUUUGAAAAACAAAAACAACCCCCCCCCCACCACUUCCGCUCACCUAAAAGGCCAGGAAAAGAACAGGCUUUGGGUCGAGACUGAUCCCAAACGAGUAUUCUUUACACAGGACAGUUCGAACUAUGUGUAGAAAAGUAGAACACUACUUCGCAAUGUGUUACAUUUUGACAAAAGCCGACCCUGAGACAUGAGCAGAGGAAAAAUGAAAUCUCAUAAAUGUAGCAAUAUCUUCCCCCGUGGCUCUCGUGGCAGUUGUUUGCUUCAGUCGCUUCCUUGUGGAAACGACCCAGUUGCCUAAAAUUUGCAAAGCCCCCACUGAGCCAGCUGCUUUUUUGGACUUGAGAUCGCGACCCAGGAGACCCCUGGCUGGGGGGCAGAUGCAGAGUCUGAAAACGGAAGCGUGGAUGUCUAGGGACCCGUGCCCACAAAGUACUUUUUAAUUUAACUUUCAAAAAAAAAUAUUUUCGCUUAAUUUAAUUUAUAAACCAUCCGUUAUAUAGAAAGGGAUUUGGGGUGGGGUAGGGGUGGGAUGUCUUUGACUUUUUUUACACACUGCCUCGGUAGCCGCAGAAGAGAAACAAAAUUCUGGGUCCUCUGAAGACCAUCUCUAGAGAGGGAUGUGGUGGCGUAUGGCUAGCUAGAAGAAGACCUCUGUGUCCAAAUCAGUGGCAUUCUGACACAGCCAAUAAAUGGUGCUUCUGUAACCAGGACUGUAUGUGAAUUGUAGCACACUGUCAGAUAUGGGGGUUUUUGACUGACUCCUUCAAGCUUGACAUCUCCAAAGCCAGCUGUCAUUUUGAGAGUCCCAGGUGUGUCCUAGUAGGGAGGUUUCGAAGUCCAGCGAAUGCAAUUUAUGCAUUUGUAGCGUACAGGGUUAACGUGCUUUAGAAGAGGUGAGCCACUGGCCUGGUUUAACAUGGAUCUGGACUGUUCUUCCCUUUUCCAAGUGGGAUUUCACCUCUGCCGUGGGGUUCACCCAUACUGAGCACACGUUCCAUUGAUUCAAACCCCAUCUGUAUCCCACGUUUUGAUAGUUUGGUUGAGCACAUAGUAUCUGUACGUCUUGGACCCUGACAAAUGCCCCCAAUGCGUCUAUGAAGCUGCAAGCCGCACAGGGGGCACAUGAAUCUGUUCUGCACACUAACAAUAGGCUGCGCGCCUCCUGUUAAACUGCACAACCUGCUGCGUAGGAAGCAUGCAGAAGAGCAACCUCUGCUUUCCCCCCCAGAAAGAUGUUUUUUUUUUUUUUAAGG